AUGACUAUUCAUCUAUUGUUAAGUGAAUCGAUAGAUGGUUUUCGUGGUGGUGAAAGUGUUGGUGACGAUGAUAGUGGUGGUAAUGGUGAUGGUGGUGGUAGUAAUUAUAGUGAUAGUGACGGUGGCAUGGAGGUAAUGAUGAGUAGUGGUGGUGACGAUGAUAGUGGUGGUGAUGGUAGUUAUGGUGGUGGUAACGAUGAUAGUGGUGGUGGUAGUAGUGAUAGUUACGGUGGUGGUGACGGUGGCAUGGAGGUAAUGAUGGGUGGAGGUGGUAGUGAUGGUGGCGGUGGCAUCGUGAUGAGGUGGGGGUGCUGA